GGCUAUAAAUAACGGCCAAUGGGGGUGCGGGCUCGCACUCUAUAUAAAAGACGCGCGGCGGGGCCGCUGGCGCUCCACUCGGACUCGGGCGGCGUGAUACGCGCAGCGCCGCGGAGAUUGUUGGUGUAGCUGCGAAACCCGCGUGACUGCGGUAGGGUCAGCCAUGCCCUUCUCAAACAGCCACAACCUCCUGAAGAUGAAGUACCAGCCUGAGGAGGAGUACCCUGACCUGAAAGCUCACAACAAUCACAUGGCUAAGGUGCUGACCCCGGACCUGUACAAGAAAUUGAGGGAUAAACAGACUCCCAGUGGAUUUACCCUGGAUGAUUGUAUCCAGACUGGGGUUGACAACCCAGGCCAUCCCUUCAUAAUGACAGUAGGAUGUGUGGCUGGUGAUGAAGAAUCUUACGAAGUGUUCAAGGAGCUCUUUGAUCCAGUUAUUGAAGACAGGCAUGGUGGCUACAAACCAAGUGAUCAGCACAAGACUGACCUGAAUGCUGAUAACCUGCAGGGAGGUGAUGACCUGGAUCCCAAUUACGUGCUAAGUUCCCGUGUCAGAACUGGCAGAAGCAUCCGUGGAUUCUGCCUUCCCCCGCACUGCAGUCGAGGAGAGAGGCGGGCGAUUGAGAAGCUCUCUGUUGAAGCUCUGGGUAGUCUGGACGGUGAUCUCAAGGGGAAGUACUAUGCUCUGAGGAACAUGACUGAUGCAGAGCAGCAGCAGCUGAUUGAUGACCACUUCCUGUUUGACAAGCCAGUUUCUCCUCUUCUGUUGGCAUCUGGGAUGGCACGAGACUGGCCUGAUGCCAGGGGUAUCUGGCACAAUGAUAACAAGACUUUCCUUGUUUGGAUCAAUGAGGAGGAUCACCUUAGAGUUAUUUCCAUGCAGAAGGGUGGCAACAUGAAGGAAGUAUUCAGUCGCUUCUGUACUGGACUAACAAAGAUAGAGAGUCUCUUCAAGGCCAAAAACUACGAGUUCAUGUGGAAUCCACACUUGGGCUACAUCCUGACCUGCCCAUCCAACCUUGGAACAGGGCUCCGUGCUGGUGUGCACAUCAAGCUCCCACACCUUGGGAAACAUGAGAAAUUUGGAGAAGUCCUCAAGAGACUUCGGCUGCAGAAACGAGGCACAGGUGGUGUGGACACAGCUGCUGUUGGAGGAGUGUUUGAUGUCUCCAAUGCUGAUCGUCUUGGCUUCUCUGAGGUGGAGCUGGUGCAGAUGGUGGUGGAUGGAGUGAAGCUUCUCAUUGAAAUGGAGAAACGCCUUGAAAAAGGCCAGUCCAUUGAUGACCUCAUGCCAGCUCAGAAAUAAAGCACUUUAUUCUCAUGCUUCCUAACUUAUUGGAUGAAUAAUAAAAUGUCACUCCAAUUCAAACCCUUGGGGUCAGAGCCCACUUAGUUACACUGUAGAGAAGUCUUCCAUCCAUCUGUGUUAGAGUUUAUUUUUUUGAUGGUUGAGAUGUUGCUGAAAAUGAAAUGAAAUAAACUAUUGUUUGGCCUGAGAUGUCUUAGCUAUGUUAACUGAAUGUCUUUGAGAUUUAAGUGACUUGGUUUUUCGUAGUUACGCUAGGUGGUCUGGUUUUGUGUGCAAGCACAUCUUCCUAGGUGUGCUGCUGCAGGCCAGCUGAGUUGAAAUGUUGUUAAAGCAGUUUCAGAAGUUGAACCUCUUAACUUGAUUGUAGUUGCUGUAAAUUUGAGAACUAAUGUUAAACAUGAGUCACUGCAAACAUGCCCUACCUCCAAGGCUUUGACUUGUGCAUCUGCUCCUGCCAACUGUAAACUCUCAUUAUCCUGAGUACUGCAAGCCAGGCUGGUUCCUGUAAGGGAGGGGAGGCACGGCUGGGUGCAGAGGGCUGCUGCUCUUCUCAGGUGGGCCCUCGGGGGUGCAGGGCAAGGCUCUGAGGUCAGACUCCAGCCCAUGGUGUUAGUGACCCUGAGCUGCUGUAUGGGCAGAAGCUUGUCUUCAUCCUAGCUAGUGUAAACAACCAGUUGCUCUUCUGAGUGUUAGGGGUGAGGUGAAACCUAGAUUAAUUCAGCCCAUUCUUCUCAAGUGAUUACAGCUCAGCCAGGGCAGAGAUGGGAGCUGGAAGCUGCCACUUACAGGAAAAUACCAGCUAAUGAGCUUUAGUCAGCUGACUCUUGAUGGCCCCUGCACCGGUUGCCCCAUGAACCUAAAACUGAGCAUUAUAGUCAAUUAAAACAUGCUAAAUAGUUUUUUUCCAAACUGGGCCUGGCUUGCAAGCUCAGGUAGUUCUCUGGGUAUGAGUCAAGAUUGCAUCAAGUAGGUCUGUUCUCCAGAAUGGCUGUACAUGUGUGCUUGCUGUGUGGAAGCAUCAUGUUAUUAACAUACAGGAGCAGCAUUUUCCACAAGUAUUGCUAACUGGGAGCAUCAGACCCUUGGGAAGAGCAGCCUUUGCAGGUCAUGCAGAUGCACCUGCUCAACAGCUCUACCCACUGCUAAAACACAGCUUUGAUGGAGGGAGCAUGACGAGAGGUUGAUGCAGAGUUCCUUGGCGUGCAGCUUUAUAUAGGUUUGUGUAGAUAACUGAUGCUUUCUUUUGUAAAGGCUGUGAUAUUUCUAAGGCUGUGAUUGCAGGCUGUCACUUAGCUGAAGAGAUGAUUCCAGCUGGGGUAAGCUAAUUUAAUUUUGGUGAGAAAAGGCUGAGUGAACAUUUCAGAUAAGAUUUUUUUUUCUUUUAAUACAGCUUUGUAUCUGUUUCAAAGUUAAUUGGGUGGGGGAGAGGAGAUCAUAUGUAAGAGUUUUGUUCUGUACUGGGUGUUCCUGUAUUUGAGUUAAUCAGCACAGGAGUUUUCUGUACGAAGCUUGUGAAAGCAGGGAAGAGAAAAUGGUGCAAGAGACAACCGGUUGGCUCUGUAUAUUCUUUAGAUCCCCCAUGCUGUGCUUCAUGUCACUGUUCACAGACGCUUGGCAAAUAGCUGGUUUUGCUUCUUGUAAUCAGAGAGUGUUCAUUUAGUGGUGCCUCUCCUCAACACAGCGUCGUUACUGCGCUCACAGCAAUUACCUAAUGAAAGGAGUUGCCUGAAAACUUGUCUAUUUUUUUCUAGCUAUAUCAGCUGGACUAAUAAAAACAUUUCUCUCUCUA